GGGAUUUUCUAAUUCUCCUCACCCCUCCUCCACCCUAGCUACGCCACUGUUACUAAUAUUUCUUCGAUCAUCAACACUUGUCUUGUCAAUUGUAUAACAGAAUUAUUCUACAAUUCCUCUCUGUCAUUUGUAUAGAAUGGAUUCCGUUUCAAUAACAUGCAGUCUACUCCUUAAUAUUGUCUUUAUUUUCAUCGCUUUGUCUGUCUUCAUCUUCUUCUUUUACCUGGCAGGCUUACUAGGCUCUUUCCUAAAGGAAGGUAUUUGAGAGCUAGAAUGUAAUACUUUUUUAAUCCGAAACAUUUAAACCACCAAACAAAUUUUAAUAAACACUACCCUUACGUUUCAAAUAGGCAUUUGGCAAACACUUUUAAAAUCAGCUAAAUCUAGAUGUAAUGUAAUUAAACCAUUAGCUUUUAUAUCGACUUGUGAGAAUACCUGUUUAAAUGUAAUAGAUCUAGAUCUAUCACGAAUGCUACAAACUUAAAAUUUGUAAUAGCUUCAUAAUAUAGAUCUAGUUUAGAUAUAGAUCUAGGUCAGGGGUUGAACUCAAAAUGUAGUUUAUCGUUUGUUUUAAAUGUGGCGAAAGUUGAAUCAAAUCAUAACAAGAAAAACAUUUUUUUUUAACCUUUUUUAUAAAGACAAUACCUCCUUUAUACACCGAUUUUUAAAGCGAUUACUUUUUUCUUAAUAACGAAUAACGGUUAGAUAAAAAAAAAACUAUGAAAUCAUUUUCCUAUAAAUUUAACAGAUAAUCGCGAUACCUUUAAUGUUGUUUUUUUCAUUAAUUGUAAUAAUAUUUACAUCUCUUAAAUCCAAGGAGACCUAAUACAGGCUUAGGAGUUCGUGGAGUCACUUCAGUAAGUCAUGCUUUACAGCCUGAAUUGUUUCAGCAGAAAUUCCAACUCCUCCGGCUGCUUUCCAACAUGUCAGCUUGUCAAGGGCUGCUCUCGAUUCCUUUACAGACGUCGUUUCAUCUAAUUCAUCUAAAACUGCAAGUGUUGAGAAGUUAGACCAAGCGGUUAGCAAUAUAGCAUUUAAAAUCAGGUAGAGUUUGCAUAGUGCUCUGCCCAUCGUUCCAUUUGCAGUACACGAUCACUGAAGACAAUGCCAUCUUUUGAAUUGAGUGGUAUUCACUUGCUGGUCUGAGGCUUUUUGCGUUACUCUGAUGUUGAUACAAUUAGCACUAUUUGACUUACUUAAUCCUGUGCACUCCCAGGGGAGCAUAGGGCCGCAACCACACAUCUCCACCGAACUCGGUUCUGAGCAGCUUUUUUCAUCUGCUCCCAUGUCAUUCCAGUACCCUCAGCUUCACUGAUGACUGACCUCUUCCAGGUUUGCUUGGGUCUGCCCACUUUCCUCUUUCCUUGUGGGUUCCAGUCAAGUGCCUGCCUUGCAACAUUGGUAGCUGGUUUUCGCAGGGUGUGUCCUAUCCAGUUCCAUUUUCGUUUGGUGAUGUCUUGGGCUAUGGGCUUUUGUCUAGUUCUCUCCCACAAAUCGAUAGUAGUUAUCUUUUCUGUUCUGUUUACAGUUAGCACAAGAUUGACAAAACUCUCUAAGCAUUUUUAGAAAAAUACUGUAUUAAAUAUAAUGGAAGGCAACUCAACAAGGACAUUAAGUCUUUAUUCACAGGACACUACAAAUACAUAAUUACAUUGUCUUUUGCAUUUCUUCUUCUCAAGCUUCUCAACUUAGGCGGAACUCUGUUGUUUCUCUAGUAUCAACAUCCUUCUAAAUCUAUUCUUUAUCAUUGCGCGAGCUAAAGCGCACCUUCUGAACAUUGAUUGGCGGUGUUCAAGGCAUGCCUAUAACAUUACUAAACUGAACAUGGGGAACAAAAUGCUAUAGUGAACACUCUUCUUUAUUAUAGCGAGAGCUAGUCAACAUAGAUGCACCGAGAGCUUAAAUUAAACAGUUUUCACUUGCGUUGUCUGUGGCUCCUAAUGUGUAGGCCUACCUCCUGGGGGGGGGGAUUUGUUUCUAAUAAGAAAGUUUUGAAACUGGCCAUACACGCAGCAUCUAUGUUCUUUUGACACAGAGAAGGCUACGUUGGCUCGGACAUGUAACCCACAUGAUGGAUGGACGAAUUCCUUAGGACAUCCACAUCCUCAAUGCAGAGCUUGCUGAGGGAGUCAGACCCAAGAGAUAUCCAAGGCUAACGUACAGAGAUGUCUGCAAACGAGAUCUGAGGACAGCAGGCAUCAGAGAAAGCAUGUGGUAGGAAAUCACGCAAGAUGGGAACAACAAGGAGACGGACUGUGCGUGCUGGUACGAACCUAACCGAGAGGAAAAUGAAUGAACCGGUCAUAGCCAAGAGAAUGAGAAAGAAAGCUUCCCUAUUGGAUAAUCCUACAAUCGUACUUUCACACGAUAAGUGGCAAAUGCCGUUCUAGAAUUCUAGACCGGACUCAAGAAGAAACUAAAACUAGUGAUUCACCAGGGCAGCAUGAGGCAUAAUGUGCAUCCUUUAUCUUUAGAGACAGAAGAAGACAUUUUACGGAUGGCAACUUUGUCGUGGUUAAGAAGUGUCCACUUGUAGUGUGCUUGUAAUGUAUAAAUAUGAUUUCAGAUCUACGCCAGUGGGUCACCCAUUGUUUUACUCUCCACAAACUCAAAAACAUACAAAAUAUACAUUUUUUAUUGAACAAAUAUUGCAUAUUAAAUAAUUAAGAUUUUUUUUAAAGAAGUUAAAUUGGUAAAAUUUACAAGUACUCUUAUUUUUUUCUUCUAAAGAUGGCUUGGUAUUAGAUAUAUGUAUGAUUAUUAAUGAGUGUUAAAAAGUGGAUUUUUAUUAAAGUUUUCGUUAAAGUGUAGGGGCCUCCACAAAAUUGCUGCCCCUGGGCCUAGAUAUACAUCAUAUAUAUAUACAUAAAUCCGGCCAUGCCUAAUUCUAAUGAUGGGAGACUUAAAUGCAAAAAAUCUGUCGCAUCUGAACUGGCUAAGAAUACGUAAUGGGAUCAGACGACUCAGCAGAAAACCUCAGUGAUAAUGGUGAACGUUUGGUUUUUCUCUGCGCAUCCAACAGCCUGUCGAUUGGAAACAUAUUUUAAGCACAAACAAAUACACCAGAAAACAUGGCGAUCAUAAAAUGGAGAAACCUUUAACGAGAUUGAUUAAAUUUGCAUCUCCAAGCGCAUUGGAGGUGAAAAGCUGAGAAGUAUCAGUAGUUUUAAAUACCUUGGAGCUAUUGUCUCACAUGAGGGAACGAAACCUGAACUACUAGCCAGAAUAGCACAGUCCACAGCAGCACUUGAGCAAUUCAAAACAAAAUGGCUAGACAAAGGCAUAGUCCUUGACACUAAAAUCAGACUGAUUCGCUUCCUGGUCAUGGCCACUUUCUUAUAUGCUUUCGAAUCGUAAAUGCUGACUGCAGAACUAGAGAGGAGGAUACUAGCAUUGGAAUUGAGUUGCUCUAGUAGGAUCCUGGGUAUUACAUACAAAUAGCGCAUCACAAACGAAGAGAUUUGAGACAAGAUUAGUACAGCGAUUUGACCCCACGAUGACUUGCUAACUACUGUAAAUAAAAACUCACUCUAUGGCAAUAUCAUAAAGGUACUCAAGGCUCGCAAAAACCUUCCUUCAGGGAACAGAACCAGGAAAAAGAAGAAGAGGCAAACAGAGAAAGCAAAGAAGAAUGGACGGGCCUGCCACUGAAAGAGAUUCUAUCAAAGGUAAAAGACAGAGGAAUAGAGAAGAACUGUCCACAGAUCUUGUGCGGUGUCCUAACAGUCCAACAGACUAAUGUAUAGUUAUAAGUAUAAGAGUUAGUCAAAGUCAAAUUCCUUUAUGUCUAAAGAUUAAGUAAAGAGUCUAAUGUUUUGUGAUCGAAUAUUGAUUCGAGUCACUUGUUAAAAAGCUUUGGAAGUUGAAGAAGCUUGUGUAUAUUAAUAUUCAAGAGAAAUGUAAGUGUUCUGCAUCUUCUGGAUACGAGUUAGUCUUUUUUACGCCAACUAAUGUGACUUGUUCUUCAGAUGUAAUUGGCGUUGUGAAUGUUUCUUCGUGGACAUUAUCAUUAUGAGAUUCAACAAAGUUGUUAAAUCGGUUGUGCCAUACUGGCGAGGAAAUCAGUAAAUUUACUGCAUCUUUUGGUAGAUGAUUCCAGCAAAUUCCCCAACUGCGUAAAAUUGUGAUCUGUGAAUGAUUUCGUAACCUGGGAAAUCCUGGGAUCUUGCGACGAUCCAACACAAUAAAAUAGGGUACAUUCCACUGGAAACGCUAUCUUUGUGCCAUUUUAGGUAACAAUGAAUCUGCAGAUUUCUGUUAAUAGUACUACCACAUAAUAUCGGGAUUUGUUACUAAUUGUUAGCUCAGUGUUUAGUUUUAGAAUCACCCAUGUUCGCAGUGCUCACUCAAAUAUAAGGAACUGAAUGCAAUUCUGUUAUCAAUACGCCACUUUUUUUUUCUUAUAGCCAAAUUUAAAUUUCUUUCUUUCUUUUUUUUUUUUACUUUGAAAAAUUAUAACAGUCAAUUUAGAGUUUUCCCCAUGUGUCUAACGAGCUAAUAAUUCUUUUCUCAGCAUUAUACACCAAUUAUUAAAUUUAUAGGAAAAUCGUUAGAGCCGUUUUUGAGAUCAGUGUCCAGGUUCCUCUCUCCAGCUUUCACCCUCCAGGUUUGAUGAAGUUCUGACUUAAACAGAGGUAUUGUAAAAGUAAGGUAGCACUACUACAUAAAACAUUGAAACAUAACCAACACAUUUCUUAGUUCCUAUAUGCUAGGACAAAUUCAUACAAGUGCUCCUUCUUUCCAAGUGCCAUUAACAGCAUAAAACGUGUUGGCUUAAUCAGUCCAAUCAAGCUGUGAGGUAAUGAACAUGCACGACUAGAUUAACACUUGAUUAUGUGUAAGACAUUAUUGUUUUCUUUUGUACAAAGCUUAUAUCAACUCACUCUGUCUGUCUGUUUGGUAAAAAGUGUGGACAUGUUAUUUCUCCCACACGCAGUGGGUCGACUAGUUAUAGAUUGUGCUUGUUUGAAGAAGCAUGUGCAAUGUAUAUGAUUAGUAUAUAUAAUUUAUAGCAAGUCCAGCUAUGUUGCCGUCCAACAGAGGGGAUGACACUGUCAUCUGUCCUUAUGAUCCUGCACAUGUUAUAUUGAAAAAAAGUCUACAGAAUCAUCUCAUUAAGUGCAGAGAGAAUCAUAAACGUUCCCGUAAAGUUACUUGUAAAUUUAACAAGACUCACAUCAUCCCUGCACCAGAAUUGUCUCACCAUUUGCAACACUGUGAUAGCCGCUCAGUAUUUGAUCGUGAGUUGCAAUACCAAGCAAGGCAAAACCAGAUAUUUACUGGAGCUAUUAAUGCUCCUGACAUUACCAAUCAUACUGAUAAUUUGGAAGAAGACUGGGAAGCAGCCCCACGUGUUCAAACCAAGGCUCUGUUUAACAAGAAUGUUUAUGAUGUCCCAGAGGAAGAAACCAAACCAUAUGUUCCUCCUGGAGCUACUUAUGUCACCAAAAAACAGAGCCAAUCACAUCAAGUCUUUGAUUACUCUGCUAACAAUGUGAUGAAACCUAGAGGAACAGAGCCAAGUGAUGAGCUGCCUAGGCAAUCAGGAAGUGAAGUCUUAAGUCACACUCAACCUAAAUUUAGGUUUAUGGGACGUGGCAUCAGUCGUUUUGAUGAUCAGGAGAUCCCCACACCUGGUCUUCUAGGACUAUCCUCUGCCAGUGUUGAAGUGAACAAUAUACCUGGGCAUUCACCAUAUCCAGGUCCACCUCCGGGAUUUUCUUUCAAAUCAAAGGCAGCAGCUAAUAUACUUGCACCAUUCAUCUUGGAAGAUACAUCUGAACAUUCCGAAUCGUCCAAACCCAAAACAUCUCUUGGGUUUGCAGCUGAAUCGUCAUUGGCCUGUAGUUCUCCAACAUUAGCUGUAUGGUCUGUAGAUUUUCCAACCCUGAACACUGCUGGACAUUAUGCAUCAGCAGCAGCAAAUGAUUGGGCAAAUGCCAAAUCAGAACAACUUCAACAGAAACGUGAAAGAGAGCUAAGAAAACUUAUUGACAGACAAACUGAAGAACGAAAUCUUUUAGAGGCAAGACAUCACGAUGAGUUGGAGCAGCUCAUGUUACGUUUAGAUCUGGAGGAAAAGUUGGCCAUGAUGUGAGCAUUGUCAGAGAUGCUCUUGAAGCUUCUUGACGUCUGUCCAGGUUCGUUUAGUUUUUGGUUUGCUGUCAUUAGAUAAAUCUCAUAUUUUAAAAUGUUUUACCAACUGUUGUGUAUUAAACCAAUCAAAAGAAAAAUGUUACACAAAGACAUAUUUACAAAAUGUAAAGUGGUACUUGAUGUUGUUAGGGCUUAGAUCUUUUGUGUCUCCACACUCUGUCCUAAAUGGACUGGAAUCUUUUGUCCUAGUGAAUAAUCUCUUAAAAGGCUCUGACAAAUGAAUGAAUGAAAAAUGAACUGAAUGUUUAGGAAUAAUUAGCAUAUGCUUACGAUGUUUGACUUGAGCACAUUGACUUGAGCACAUUGACUUGAGCACAUCGACUGAGCAGACACAGAGCACUACUUUGUUCUAGUGGACAUCUGUCCAGUGGCGUCACUAUGGUCGGUGCCACCCGGUGCGGACCGCACCCCCGCACCUCCCCUAGUGACGCCACUGCAUCUGUCUACCCUAACCUAGUGAAACCUACAUAACAAGCAGAAAUAGACACACUAACAAUUAUAGAGAGUAGUAGAAUUGCUCAGUUUGAUUUUUUUAAAAAUGUCAACUGUUUUUAGAUGUUAAUUAAUAGGUUAAUUAUUAUUUUUUUUUUACAUGUAACAAACUUUAAUC